UCUUGAAGAGUCUCAGUGAGUGUCAGUUUCACACCCACAUUGACUGCCGCUCUGAAUGUAGUUUAAGACAAUUCUAUGCUGGUACAAAUUUGUUUAUAAGGACUGAUAACUAGAGCAGUGAAAGAUCAGACCUGCUGUAAAGAGAAGAAUGGAGAUGAGUGAGGAGAUUUAUGCAAAUACAGUUGCAGUUGCAGCAGACAAUAGAACGAAUUCUAGUGACAGCAAGCAAUCAUAUGAAGAUGUUUAUGUGGAUGAAGACAACUUGCAGACCCAGAAGACUGGAAGCUUCAAGCAGUCUGAGAGCUCAGGACUCAACCCUGCAGAGAGGAAAUGUUACAGACUGACUUCAGUGUGUUUGCUGCUGCUGUGUUUUCUCCUGCUGACUACCAUCACCGUGCUGUGGAUCAAAUUCAGCAUCCUUAGUAGAGAAAAAGCAAAGCUGGAGACCAGUUACGAUACCCUGACUAUAGAGAGAGACCAGUUACAGGCCAGUUACAACAACCUGAUUACAGAGAGAAACCAUUUACAGGCCAGUUGCAACACCCUGACUAAUGAGAGAAUCCAGCUACUUGAGAAAAACGAUGAAUUUCAGAAGAAAUCGAAUAAUUUUGUUUCACUUUUAACUGAUGGGUGGCGAUAUUUUAACUCCCAUAUUUACUACAUCUCUACUGCGGAGAAAAACUGGGAUGAGAGCAGACAGAACUGCAGAGGGAGAGGAGCAGACCUGGUGAUCAUUAACAGCAAAGAGGAACAUGAGUUUAUCAGAAAACAGUUGCGCAACAGUGACUCUUGGAUUGGUCUGAGUGACCGAGACAAAGAGGGGGAGUGGAAAUGGGUGGAUGGUACACCACUGACUGACCCGUAUUGGGUAAUGGGGGAACCGAAUGAUGUAGGUAAUGAGGACUGUGUAAAGAUGUUUGGUAUUCUAAUAAAUAAUGGAUGGAAUGACAUUCCAUGCUCAAUUUCGAAUAUAUGGAUCUGUGAGAAAAGUUAUUAGAAGUGAAACAGUACAGAAAAAUGAUUCACAAAUCAAGCUGAAUUUAUGGAGUAUUUCAGUUCAAGUUUUAUUCUAUGCAGUGUUUAAAAGUUAUUUUAUUACAUGUAAUUCUUAAAACUCACAAAGUACAAAAAUGAUCUUUACCUAUGAUGUAAAAUUGAUUUUUAUUCACUUAUACCUGCAUUCAAUUAUUGAGUACUGUAAUAUAUGGAGCUACUUGUUGCAGUAUCAUUAUAUCAAUAAAUAUCAUUUAAAAGCAAAAAUCAUUCUAGAACGCAAAGCUCUACAGUCCAGGUAUGAGAAGUAUUUUCAGACAUGUAUGUAUUUUUCUUUAAUCUAAUUUCUGUUAAGUCAUAUUUAUAUUCCAGGGAAACAUUUAUGGAGUUCCUAAUCUUUCAAAUGCUUAAUUUAAAUAAAGAAAAAUAGAUGACCAAUAAUUUUGGAACAUAGUAAUUAUCUUAUAGCAAUUUUUUUUAGAAUAAUAAUAAUAAUAAUAAUAAAUUCAUUUUACUUUUGCUGGUGGAAGUUCCCUAUUCCCCGUUAUCCCUAAUGAUGUCUAUGAUGCCAUGAGGUUUGGACACAUAUAAUAACCUGAAUAGGGAAAACCCCAUGGAGGCUUGCUGUUAGUGACGUGUUGCAGAGUGGACCCAAAUACAGGGUGAGAAGGCAGGUGAAGGGUUAAAAGGUUUAAUGGAGCUCAAAAACACAACACAGUCCCAAAAUACUUCAAACAUAGAGUAACAUAGAGUAGCUAAGCUCCUAAGUACAAAAGGGAAUAAAGUCUCAGUCAGAACAGACAUUUCUGUAUAAAUCCCAGUAUUUUUUUUUCAUAAAGUUCGUAAACACAAGCUUGGUCGCCCUCUAGUGGUGAGGAUGUGCAUGAGACAUUUAAUGACAAUUAACUGAGCAAAGAUACCAGUGACAGCAAUUUGCUCAUUUCCUACUGUGGUCCCUGAGCAGGUAAAUAGAGACAAACAUAUUCAAUUCAGUUCAGUUUUAUUUGAAUAGAGCAGCUUUACAGGAAUAUAAAAAUCCAGAAUAAAAAUGAUAAAAGUUUAUAAUUUAAAUGUCUAUUUAUCCCUAAUAAGUAAUAAAAAACAUACACACAUUAAACUUCCACACAUACGUAGAGCAGUAGCCUCCUAUUCACCCUACACACACACACACACACACACACACGUACACACACACACACACUCGACUGACUGAGCGACUCAUCAUGAACCAGUUCACAAGCUGGACUCACUGAACGACUCAUCAUUAAUCAGUUCACAUGCUCGACUCACUGAGCGACUCAUAAUGAAUCAGUUCACACGCUCGACUCACUGAGCGACUCAUCUUCAAACACUUAACAUGCUCGACUCACUGAGCAACUCAUCAUGAAUCAAUCCAAAUGCUCGACUUACUGAGCGACUCGUCAUGAAUCAGUUCACACGCUCGACUCACUGAGCGGCUCGUCAUGAAUCAGUUCACACGCUCGACUCACUGAGCGGCUCGUCAUGAAUCAGUUCACAUGCUCGACUCACUGAGCGGCUCGUCAUGAAUCACUUCACAUGCUCGACUCACUGAGCGACUCGUCAUGAAUCACUUCACAUGCUCGACUCACUGAGUGACUCGUCAUGAAUCACUUCACAUGCUCGACUCACUGAGUGACAGCGUGAAUGUUGUUUAUAAAAAUGUACAAUUUGACCACCUUCCACUCACCAAGCUGAGUUUAUGAAUACUCAUUCAUAAAUAUACUAAUCUUUUAUAGUAACGCUAAAAGUCACACAGUGUGUCAAGAAAAUACUACACACACUACACUAUUAAUUCAAAAUACUUCCUUUAUGAUGCACAUAGUAUAAUAAUGUAAAGUGAAAAUAUAACAAACUGUAGUAACAUAACAUUUUAGUAUAUUAUAUUAUAUUAAAAUAUAAGAUUUUAUUAAUAUAUAUAUAUUAGGGCUGGG